AUGGCUUGGUAUGAUGAAAUGGAGAAAAAGUAUGCGGAAAGGGUUGUUGACUCCGAAGUUGAGGCCUGCGAACGAAGCAAGGAGCAAUGGCUUUAUGAAAGUGACGGGACGGCUCAGGCCUAUGCUACGACUAUUGGCGAAGGUACACAAUUGGUUCGCGAGUUGGAAGUUCACUCACAACAUACUGGAAUCGACUACAAUAGCAACAUAGCGUGCAUCAAUCGACUGAUUCGAAACAUUGAAAGUCGCAAUAGUAAACUGUCAAGUAUUUGGAAUCCACAACGCGUGCUGUUGCAAAUUGGACUUCGUUUCGCGGUGUUCGUUCGAGAUAACUGUGAAGUGCUCUCUCAGAUUCGGAGCUGGGAGGAAGACAUGCGUGGCAUGUUGGAGUCGUCAACAUUUGCUGGGAAUGCGGAAAAGGUUCUACCAUUUCACCAAGACAACACAGCUCAGGUGAAAAUGGCUGUGAAGAAUAUCCGCAAGUGUGCUCAGGAGGUUUUGCAGUCUAUUCAUGGUAACGGCUUCUCUGACUUACGAACUAGGCAAGGAAAGAGUGUGACCGACUUGAUCAGAGAGAACUUGAAGAUUCUUGAAGUGGCCGAACAUCAAGUUAUGCAGUCUAUUCAUGGUAACGGCUUCUCUGACUUACGAACUAGGCAAGGAAAGAGUGUGACCGACUUGAUCAGAGAGAACUUGAAGAUUCUUGAAGUGGCCGAACAUCAAGUUAUGCAGUAUGCUGCGGAGACAUCCUACCGGAUCGAAGGGUCACGAAAGUUGGGGCGGAUUCGUAAUGUCGUCCGUGAAAUAGUCGCCGUAUUUGACCGUGAAGAGCGAGCUCUCCAAGUCAUGAGCACCGUCCCUGUUGAUCUAGAACAAGCUCUCAGGGCACAAGAAGCCCAUGAGAUGUUCAUCAAGAGAAUUGAGUUGAAUAACAUGGAUUCUGUGCGAGUUUUCUAUGAGCUCUCGAAUGAGCUUAUCCGAGAAGGAUCCACGGAUAGAUCAGCAGUGGUCGAGUUGAAUGAGAUGGUCACAGGGCGAUGGAGAAGACUAAGCGGGUUGGCUGAAGAACGCAACAAGCUUCUCAAGGCUGCAAUAGUUUGCUACAAGACUUACCUCACUGGAGUGUAUCCAAUCCUUGACCAACUGGAGAAGGAUUAUAGUCAGAAUCCCGAUCGUGACUGGUGUGCGAUUCGGGCAGGUGAAACACCUCAGGAGAGAGUCAAUGUGAUCUCGGAGUUGCUCAGCAAGCACAUGGACUACAAGGAUCGGUUUCUGAAGGGUUGUAUUUAUGCACAAAAGACCAGUGAACUCUUUUUAAAAUACAUCGAAAGAACCAGCUCGGGUACUGGUGUACACAAUCGGCUUGACAGUGAAAGGAUCAUACGGAUGAAGUCAGACCUGCGUGAACGGCAAUCAAAGAUACUCGAGUUGUGGACGAAAAAGAAGAAACAAUUGGACAGAUGCCAGCAGUUUGUAUUAAUGGAUGCAACACGGCAUGUGUUGGUUGACUGGCUUUGUGGAGAAGGUGAACGCCGUUUGAGUGAGUUCAUGGGAAAAGGAGUAGCCGAUGCGGCUACACUGGAGGAUUUUCAUACGUUCAAGCUGGCUGUAAAGGAAGAACGAGCUAAGAUACAAACGCUUUUAUGUAUGGCUGGUCCGAUCAGAGACGAAGCAAAACAACAUGCGGCGGAUAUUGCAGAUUGUAUGGAUGAUGUACGCGUUCGGUUCGAAAAGUUCUCACGCCGUGUUGCUGAAUGUGAAACCCUUCUUCGAGGAGGAAAGCCGAUACCUAAAGAUGAUCUGUCUCUCGAUCGACUAUCUGAUCCAAACGUUGAAGAGAAUAUGAACAUUAUGAAGCGUGAACAGAAUAAGAAAAUGAGGGAGCCUAUGCAUGAGCUCAUAAAAUCGGAACGGGACUACAUAGAAGAUUUACGGAAAUGUAUUCAGGUCUACAUUGCUGAAUUCGAUUCUGCUGAGGCCAAUUCAACGCUCCCAUCUAUUUUGAAAGAUCGACGGCAAGCAAUUUUUGGUAACUAUGAGAAGCUAUAUGCCUUCCACUCAGAGAAAUUCUUCCAUGAACUAUCAAAGUACGAAGAUGACCCAGAAGAAGUUGGAUGUUCGUUCACAGUUUGGGUGGAUUAUCUGAAUGAGCUCUAUACUGAUUAUUGUGUAAAUAUGGAACAGAACAAUCAUGUAGUUGCCUUACCAGAAGUGAUGUCAUUUUUCGAGUCAAUUAGAGAGAAGCAUGGAUUGGAACAGAACAACUCUUUGCACUCUAUGCGAAUAAAGCCAGUACAGCGAUGCACAAGAUACAAGCUGUUGAUGGAACAGUUGCUGAAGCACUGCAAUAACGUAGAGGAAAUUCGAGAAGCCUAUGAUGUCGUUAAAAGCCUUCCACGCCGCGUGAACGAUAUUAUUCACUUCAACGGGCUUGAGAAGGACAAGCUGGGUGUCGUUGGUCCAUUCGUUAUGCAAGAUCUUCUAACAGUUUGGGAGCCAAGGAACUAUUUCAACAAAGCGAAAGGGAAGGAUCGUCAGGUCUUCCUCUUCGAGCAAGCUAUAGUGAUUGCGAAGAAAGUGGAAUUCACACCGAAGAAUGUCAAGUACAUAAUCAAAGGGAAACCAAUUCCAGUGAGUAAACUUUUCUUGACUCUGUUGCAGUAG